AGCCCACCAACCAGCCCACCAACCAGCCCACCAACCAGCCCACCAACCAGCCCACCAACCAGCCCACCAACCAGCCCACCAACCAGCCCACCAACCAGCCCACCAACCAGCCCACCAGUGGACUGUGGAGCACCACCAACUAAUAUUCCUGGUGGUAAAUUUCCAUCUGGAAGUCUAACAACAGCUGGUACGACCCUCACGAUAAAGUGUACUGAUGGAUAUACACCUCAAACUGGCAAAUGGCAAAUGGACACCUACACUUCAUAUACCUUGCAUUCCAAUACUUCCGACUGUGACAUACAACACCACUUCAACUUCAAUAACUGCGAAUUUUUCUAAUUAUGAACCAAUGACUGGACAAUUCUGUGUGAAACACAAUCGAUCCUUGACACCGGUCUGUGAGGAAACGUUUAGUGUACAAAUAACUGGCCUCCGGCCAUACACAAACUACUCAUUGUUUUCCUACACAAAAACAGAUGCCCUACAAUCACUGAAUACUGCUACUGUGAUUGUGAGGACCAACGCUUCGGACUGCGGUGUCCCCAAGAAUCCAACUGGAGGUACCUACGUGUUUACGUCUACAAAGCAAGGAGCUACUGCAACAGCUAAGUGUAAUGACACAUGGUCCCUCAAACCUACCUCCGGCAACUCUAUUUCAUGCACAGUAGCUGGUAUGUGGUCACCUCUUGAUUCACCUUGCAUUCGGGACUGUGGAUCACCACCAGGCAAUAUUCCUCAUGGUACAUUCCCAACUGGAAGUCCAACAACGGCUGGAAGUAAACUCACGGUGAUGUGUGAUACUGAUUCUGGAUAUACAGCUAAUACUACGACACCACAGAACAUAUCUUGUGGCACUGAUGGUAAUUGGACACCGAUGCUUACGAAUCCUUGUAUCCGGGACUGUGGAUCACCACCAGGCAAUAUACCUCAUGGUACAUUCCCAACUGGAAGUCCAACAACAGCUGGAAGUAAACUCACGGUGAUGUGUGAUACUGAUUCUGGAUAUACAGCUAAUACUACGGCACCACAGAACAUAUCUUGUGGCACUGAUGGUAAUUGGACACCGACGCUUACGAAUCCUUGUAUCCGGGACUGUGGAUUACCACCAGGCAAUAUUCCUCAUGGUACAUUCCCAACUGGAAGUCCAACAACAGUUGGAAGUAAACUCACGGUGAUGUGUGAUACUGGAUAUACAGCUGAUACUACUACAGCACAGGCCAUAUCUUGUGGCACUGAUGGUAAUUGGACACCGACGCUUACGAAUCCUUGUAUCCGGGACUGUGGAUCACCGCCAGGCAAUAUUCCUCAUGGCACAUUCCCAACUGGAAGUCCAACAACAGUUGGAAGUAAACUCACGGUGAUGUGUGAUACUGGAUAUACAGCUGAUACUACUACAGCACAGGCCAUAUCUUGUGGCACUGAUGGUAAUUGGACACCGACGCUUACGAAUCCUUGUAUCCCAAUGCUCCCGACUGUGACAUACUCCAGCAAUUCAACAUCAAUAACUGCACACUUUUCUGCCUUUGAAAACAGGACCACAGAUUUCUGUGUGAAAAAUAAUACAUCCGGAGCUGUUAUAUGCAAAAAAACUUUGAAUGUGACGAUAUCAGGUCUCUAUUCAUACACAAACUACUCAGUAUCUUCCAACACAAAAACUGGUCAACUGCCAUCACAGUUUACUGCUGCUGUGAUUGUGAUGACCAGCGCUUCAGCUCCGUCUCAAUCUCCCGUAUUUAAUCUAUUUCCUGGUGCCACUUCUGUCCUCUUGGUGUGGACAAAGGUAAAAAAAACGCAUAUCAAUGGUGAUCCAAAAGGGUAUGAUAUAUUCUACAACGAAUAUGGAGCCACAAGCAAUGUUCACAAUAUACGUGUUGACCCUACUGUCGCUCAGAAAAUAGUCUCUGAUUUAAAUUUCAGCACAAAUUACACAUUCUCAAUGGCUGCCAUAUCAUCCGGUGGAAGAGGACCAAAUCUAACCCAAACUAUUGUUACAACCCAGGAACGGCCCAGUUUACCUAUAAUCAACUCCACGGAUAUAACAUCAACAACAGUUACUAUCAAUCUUCAGAUUGUUCCAGGACACUAUCAUUUCUCCCAGUUUUGUUGUAACUUCACGAGGUCUUCAGUGUCGGACAUAAUAAUGUCAGGUUUGGAUACAGUGAGCAUUUGCAAACAAGUUAGCCCCAUCAUCUUGUCUCCAGUUGAGGAAGAUGCCACCUACACAAACACACAAUGUGCCACACAAAAUACACUUGGAGUGAUUGGACUGCCAAACAUGCUUGGUGACUUUAGUACAAGAACAGCAGCUCCAAGUGUGGCACCUGGCAACUUUACCUUGGACUCCAGAACAGCAACAACAGUAACACUCAACUGGACUGCUGUAGACCCAUACAAGCUGAAUGGAAAGCUGGUUGCAUACCAUGUUGACUGUGCAUAUCAGAAUGGCAGACAUGUGACAUCGGCCAGUACCAACAACACCCAUGCAACACUCUCAGGACUAACUUUUGAUACAACAUACAACUUAUCACUGGUCGCUAAAUCAACCGGUGGUACCGGCAGCUACGAGAGUCGCCUGCAAAGUUCUACCACCCAGGAUGCACCGCCAGCACCCAUGUUCAUGGUUUCAACAUCAACAACAUGGAUAUCUGUGACUUUCACCAAACUGACUGGACAAUUCGAUGUUGCAAAUUACUACUGUGACUUCACGCAACUUUCCGUGUCCGGAACUGAUUCAAAGGAAAAAACCAUACGUCUUUGCAGCCAAACCAUAUACCUCAAUCUGACUGGAACUGAAGAAGAUGCCAUGUAUAGCCUGACAGCGUUUGCCAACAAUACAGAAGGGCAUAUUGGCGAGAAUGCUACAAUGAACAAUGUGAUAACUAAACCAGCAGCUCCAGAUGAUCCCCCGGGAGCACUGACCAUCGGAUCAAAAUCACCUACAUCUAUCUCUAUUUCCUGGACACCAGUUGAUUAUCUGCGUCUGAACGGGGAAUUACUGGGUUACAGUGUGAAAUAUACAGAUGAAGGAAUGGUCGUAACCAUGUUCAAUGUGACCCUGUCAGAGAAAGCUAACAUACCCGGCUUGGACCCAGGUUAUACAUACAACAUUGAGGUAGCAGCAAUCUCAACUGGUGGUAUUGGCCCAUAUACUUCUCCGGUAAAAGCUACCACCACACAAGAAUUUGCGCCAAACCCAAGCGUUUUUGUGGAGAUAUUUCCAACAAAGGUCAUUGUGAACAUCUCUGCAAGCACAGGAAAUUACCGUUUCUCCGAGUUCUGCUGUUACUUCACGAGGUAUUCCGUAUCUAACAUACCAAAGUCCAACAGGUAUAUGGUGACGGUUUGUAACCGUACUAGUCCCAUUGUCUUCUCACCUGUUGAGGAGGAUGCCAGUUACGGUAACCCGCGGCCAUACUGUGUAAUAAAGGACACACGUCCGGUUGACGGAUAUCCCACAUUUAUUCAAAACUUCACCACACCAGCAACAGCUCCACAUGUAGCCCCGUCAGAUAUACAAUUCAAUUCAAGCACAGCUACAACUGUCCAUAUCAGCUGGUCGGCAGUGAACCCAUACGAGUUAAAUGGAGUACUGGUGGGCUACAACGUCACAUGCUGGCAAGGUACGAACCUGAUAACAUAUGUGCGCACUACAACAGAGAACGCGAACGUGACUGGCUUGAAGUUCAACUCCAUGUAUAAAGUUUCAGUUGCAGCCAUCUCAUCAGGAGGGCUAGGUAUUUACUCAAAGUACACCAAUGUCACUACAUCACAGAAUGCACCUCCGGCUCCAGUCAUCUAUUACAUAUCAGCAACAGCAACAUCAAUAACCUUCGGUUUCUUCCCGCUCACUGGAUACUUCGCCAUUGGCAGUUACUGCUGCAACUUUACAAGAACAUCAGUGUCAGGAAUACCUGGAUCGGGAGCAGCAACCAUUACAAUAUGCAGUGCGACCACAACUGUCCUGCUGAAGGGAGCUGAGGAAGAUGCUAUGUACAACGUGGUAGCAUUCGCCUACAAUACAGCUUGGGAUAGGGGAAAUAGCACAGCACGUAAUGGUGUGACAACUAAAGCAGCAGUGCCAGCGGCUUUCCCUACAGGACUAAUAGUAUCGUCAACAGGCUACACAUCAGUCUCCAUCUCAUGGACGCCAAUCAGUAAUCCGUUUCACCUCAAUGGGCGCUUUGUAGGUUACCACGUCCGAUAUGAAGAAGAAGGAACGGCUCUACCACCUCUCAAUGUUUCUUGGCCACAUGCCACACUGAGCAAUUUGAGGGCAGGCUAUACGUAUAGCAUUCGCGUUGCAGCAAUCUCAACCGGCGGUAUUGGAUUGUAUGCUCCUCCUCUCAAUAGGACUACAAAUCAAUACUUUCCACCAACUCCAAAGGUCACAUCUAACUCAUCAACUCCAGCAACAAUUACUGUGGUGUUUGGCGCACUGACUGGUCAUUUCACAAUUCAUCGGUAUUGCUGUCUGUACCACCGUGAACUAGUCUCCGGGACUCCAUCGCCAACAACCUCUACAACGGUUUGCAGUCAAGUCACAACCAUCAUACUGAAAAACCUGGAGGAGGAUGCAACGUACUGCAUAGAGGGGUUUGCCAACAACACUGCCAUGAAGAUUAGCCCACAUACAACGGCAUUCAGUCUCAAAACUAAACCCGAAGCCCCAUCUGAGCCACCCGCAUCUGUAAGCAUCACCAAUGUCAACAGAACAUCACUGACAGUAGUAUGGAGUGAAGUACCCUUGCUUGGUCGCAACGGUCCAAUCACACACUAUCUGGUCAAGUACUACAACAGCCAUGACCGACGUGUUGGAAGUGAUCAGCUCUCACUCACGCUGCAUCACCUUCAGCCUAACACAAACUACAACAUCAGUGUAUCGGCUAUAGGUCACGGAGGUCAAAGUGGACCUUUCAGCAGUGAGGAGAUUGUCAGAACACUCGAAGCUGUACCCAACAAACCAACCGUCAAAUUCACUUCAACAUCAACCAGUGUGAGGGCAGUGGUGACAUCCGAGUCACCGUACUGGAAUGCUCAUCAGUACUGCAUCACAAUCCAAGCAACCAAGAGAGUGGACGGCAAACCAAUACCUGAUGAACUGCGUCAACUCGUGAAACACAAUUGUACAGAUAAUGGUGUAUUUGAGUUUCACAAUCUUGAGGAAUAUGUAGUCUACAACACCCGGACCUGGGUCCAAAAUGGAAGGGGAGAGAAUGGUAGCACUUCUGUGCAACUUGUUAAGACUAAGGAGGGAGUUCCAAGUCGUGCUCCGUCAAACCUGGCUGUUACCAGCGAGACUAGCACAUCUGCUCAGCUGCAAUGGUCUCCAAUUCCCCUACUGGACCAGAAUGGAAAAAUCACAUUAUACCACGUCAACGUCACGGCUAUCUAUCCCGUCAGUGAAGUCUCAGGCCAAACAUUCAAUGCAUCUGCCCUUAAUGGAACUAUUGUCGGGUUGAAACCAUACACGAUUAAUGAAGUUGCCAUUGCCGCUGCUACUGGUAUUGGCAGGGGAGAUAUCUCUGACUUCACAUGGUUCCAGACCCAGCAAGCAGCACCAAGUAUUGGACCAACCGUGACCAACACAUCCUACUUGAGCAGCACUGCUCUGCAACUGGCCUGGCGAGAGCUCGCACAGCAAGAUCUAAACGGUGUGUUGGUACGCUAUGACAUCAUGAUUGUCAGCCCUGGAAACUACACACAGGUGUUCAAUGUGACAAGCAACGAGACCAGUCUGACUAUCACCCAGCUUGAGAUCUACACUGUGUACAACCUGUCUGUGAGGGCUGUGACAGAGGGUGGACCUGGUCCAUUUGGCAGCCAAGUACAACAACGUACAGAUGAAUCUACUCCUGAUACUGUCACCAAUGUGAGCGUUGUGUUCCGAACAAACACCACCAACGUUGCAGCCAACAUCUCCUGGACACGGCUGACAGACGAUCGAGGUAUUAUCACUAACUACACGGUCCACUACGGUCAACUAGACUCAACACAGGAAGACCAGAUGGUGACGGAUGAAAACCAAACAGGACCAGCAGACUAUGAUAAUAUCACUGUCUCCGGUAACCAUAGCAAUGCCUUGAUCCACUCACUGGUGGAAAAGAAACGCUACGGAUUCUAUCUAGUUGCAAGCACAAGAAUCGGCACCGGUCCAUCAAGCAAGCCUGUCUCUUCACCAGGAGCAGCAAGAUUUCCCGGCCAGCCGGAGUCAAUCGAAGCCAAGUUCGUUGGGAGCACUGCCACAGCAGAGCUGACAUGGAAGCCCAGUUCAACAGGUGGAGAGCCAAGCGGUUUCAGGAUGUUCGCAUUCUACGAAGAAGUUGUGGAUGAGCAGCUGCAGCAGCAGAGUAGGAGAAGAAGACGUCGAAACGUGCCGAAGACGACUGUGAUGAAUAUCAGUGAGGAUGUAGGUGGACAGGAAACAACGGGGCGUAUCCAAAACCUCCCCACCGGAAAGAACUACGCAUUUGACGUGGUAGCAAUGGUCAAUUUCAGUGGCAACGUCUGGCUGAGCCCGGGCACUGUCGACAUAGACAACUUUGGCAAUGCGACAACCAUUCGCCUGCCAGAACCCGUUACUGGUGAAUCCAGUUCGGUAGUCAUCAUCGCUGCAGCUGCUGGUGCUGCGUUUCUCUUCAUCAUUGUACUUCUGAUUAUUCUCCUCAUCCGACACAAAAGGAGGUCCAAGGCAAGCAUGGCGUUCCCCAAGUCUCUGUCGGUGAAGAUUGACUCAGUGCAGUUGCACACUACACGCGGAGGCAACGACACAGGCUCAUUCGCUGGCCUUGUGGUGAUGGAGAACGAGUGUAGCCUGACAGAUGCCACCACAGUCAACGCAGGUCUGGGAGAGGUGGCCACGCUGCCGUGCGAGCUCAAAGUCGACAACCCACUGGAGAGUGUUGCAUGGAGGAGAGGUAAUAAGAACAUUGAUUGUCACGCCGCCGGUGGAGAGCGAUACCGGAUCAUGGACAAUGGAGCACUGCAGAUUGAGAACACGUGUAAGGAGGAUGCUGGAGAGUACACCUGCAUUUCACAGAGUGAUGAGAGUACUGGAGCUAGUCUGACACAGACCAUUAUGCUGAUGGUGGCAGGGGCUCCUGGGCAGAUCAACGCAUCAUCAACAUUUAAUGUGCCGGUGGCGGCAGGCAACGCAGCCAGUGAUGUUGGGCAUCCUGUGAAAGUUAGCGGCUUUCGGCAGUAUGUGUCAACCAUGCACUCAACCAACAACGCAGCAUUCAGCACUGAGUUCAAGACGCUGGCCGAAGUUGGCAAAACUCAACCAAAAGCCAUUUCCAUCAAGUAUCCAAGGAAGAAUCGCUAUGGCAACAUUGUCGGAUAUGAUCCAGCUCUGGUGUUCCUGCCUGUGAUUGACGGUGAUGAAGAGAGCACAUACAUCAAUGCUGCCUACAUGGAUGGUUACAAGAAACCCAAGAAGUACAUUGCUACCCAAGGACCUCUGCCCACCACUCUGGAUGACUUCUGGCGUAUGGUGUGGACUCAGAACUCUCGUAUCAUAGUCAUGUUGACUCGUGUGAUGGAAAUGGGCAAGCGUAAGUGUGAGCAGUACUGGCCUGACGAAGCACAGCAAUACGGUGACAUCUUGAUCACACCGGUGGAGAAGACCAGCCUUGCUGAGUACACCAUUCUGCAGUUCCAGAUGGAGCAGGGCGAUGAAAUACGUCAAAUAUAUCAUUUCCACUUCAUUGCCUGGCCGGAUCACGAUGUACCCAAGUUUGCUACGGGCCUCCUGGGAUUUCUAAAGCGUGUGCGACUGGAGCACAGCCGAUGGAUGUCCAUUGCUCCCGACGCUCCUCUCAUUAUCCACUGCAGUGCUGGAGUAGGACGUACGGGUGCCCUGAUCGCCAUUGACACACAACUGGACCGGGUUGCAGCAGAAACUGACAUUGAUAUCUACAAGUGCGUACACGACAUGCGCUGUCGUCGACAGCAGAUGGUGCAGACAAUGAGCCAAUACAUGUUCAUUCACGAUGCUGUACUUGAGGAGAUCCUGUGCGGUUCAACAGCAAUCCAACCACAGGACCUGCGCAUUCGCAUCAAACGUCUCGGCAAGCAGGAAGACGGCAAGCAGGAGACCAUGGCUGCACAGCUUUUAUCCACAUUGGCCAGUAUUAGUCCCCAUGCAUCACCGGAGAACUGUGCUGCAGGCAUGCGCGAGGAGAACCGAUCAAGGAACAGAGACAUGAACAGACUUCCACUCGAUUCAUCUCGUGUGGUGAUUGUUGGAGCUAGUGACCUGGCUGAGAACCAGCCUGAGGACGCAGUACCACCUGGUCCUGUCUACGUCAAUGCCAGCUAUGUUGAUGGUCUACACAACAAGGGUGUGUUCAUAGCUACGCAGGGACCACUCACCAGCACUGUCGUCGAGUUCUGGGCAAUGGCCUGGGAGAACUUCACACACAGCAUUGUCAACCUGACACAGCUGAUGGAACAUGACAAGGAGAUGUGCGCCCGCUACUGGCCCGAAUCAGGCUCCGCCACAUAUGGACACUUCGAGACCAGUGUGGAGUCCGAGGAGAAGUACGACGACUACAGCAUCAUCAAACUGAGUGUGACCAAUACGAAGCAAAAGGAGGACAAUGUACGCACCAUCACCCUGUUCCACUACCGGACUUGGGAAGAGCAAAAAUGUCCGCCGUCACCUGGAUCAGUGCUGCAGCUCAUCGAGCGCCUUCUCAAGAACCAACAGCAGACUGGAAACAAGAAGAUCAUUGUGCAGUGCAGCGAUGGCUGUGGCCGCAGCGGUGCCUUCAUCGCCCUGUAUCGCAGCCUGGAGCGCAUGAAGCUGGAGAAUGUGGUCGACGUCUUCCAAACAGUCAAAUCGAUGAGAACCCAGCGGCCGCACAUGGUUUGCACCGAGGAUCAGUAUCGGUUCAUCCAUUCAGCUGUUGCUGGCUAUCUUUCUAGCCUUGAAGACAACGGCUAUGAUAACUUCAAGGUCUAACUCACUGCCUACUCUAUGCGUAGACUUCACCAUACUCACUCUGUACUCUCUGCGUAGAUUUCACCGUACCCAAGUAGCGAUAUGCUACCAGCGUCCUCAGCGAUCCAACCAUUGUUCAGUUUCUUAUUCGCCUUCUCACCUUCUUGUACAUGCUCUCUUCGUCCAUUUUUCUCAAUAUUUUGACCGUUUCAAUUUCCUCCUCAUCCUCUUCUUCUUUUUCUGUUUUAGUUUCUCCGCAUUUUUUGGUUAUGGACCACUUACAGCUUAUGGCUGAGCUAAGAAGAUACGCCAUGCAUACACCACGCACGCUCAUGUUGAUCCGACGUUAGAAUGUGAAUGAAAGAAGAAAGUUUAGGUGCUGUGAAACUAUCCCUCUCCUUACCCGGUUUAUGGAUCCAUUCCCUUCAUCAUGCUAUUGCCGUAUUUGCUGCAUGGCCGAUCAAGGGAAACCCCCUACCGUUCAGUAUUUUGUUGUGUGCCCGCACUGCUUUCAUCAUAAUAAUAUCCGCCACCGUUUCAGUACCAUCAUUUUACAUGUGUUUCGUAUUACACCGCAUCCCUUUUCUGCAUAGUACUGGGUGCAUGAGGUAGCUCCCGCUCUCCCCUGCAGGCCUGAGUGCCACACAUGGCAUCGAUCAGUGCAUAAAAUUGAACAGGCGCCGAUGCCUCUAAUUAAGUUUACGUGCAUAUUUCCUUCAUUCCUUCUGCUGCUUGCAAUAAAGUGCAUGACUGUAUUUUCAUUCUUCAAAAAUGUGCAUGUUGCUGGUACCACCGGUGACCUUGGCAAGGAAUUCGACAAUAUCGAUACCGCUGGUCACUCAACCAAGUUUCUUCUUUGCCGCUGUUUCUCCGUUCUGCAGCGGAGCAGAGCUGAAGUAAUGCUGCCGAGUGUCUUAUGCUGUAUACAUGUAUGCAUGCAGAUUGUCUCCAUGAUACUUUCAUGCUCUGGCUUCUUCAUCUCUAAACCACUUGAUCAAAGUUUCAUAUUUGCAAGCUUCUCAUUUUACACUUUCCUCUUCUGUUUGAAAAUAAUGAUAAGGUCAUGUAUGUCACCCAAGUGCA